AUGGAUCGUUCCUGUAAGGAGUGUAAUGUGCGAAUCUCGCGGGAUUCUGCACAUGAUGAAUACGAUAAUAAAGAUUUGGUACAUAUAUACAGAAAACCCAUGAUUAAUAAAAGCGUUUUUUUAAAAAGGUCCGAAAAAAAGUACCAUCCCAUAAAUAAGCAUGUAAUAAACUCAUAUAAUAUUUUUCCGUAUGGAGGAAUUUAUUAUCAUGAUAUUAUUAUAAAGGAUGUGUUAAAGUUUUUUUAUAAAAACAAUGACAAAAGAAAUAGUUAUUCUAAUUAUUUAUUACAUCCUGAGAGAGAGAGUUCUAAUUAUGUUUAUUUGGGUGCUGGGAUUAUGAGAGAAGAACAAAAUAAAAAGAAUAAGGAAAAAAAUAAAAUGGUUUUUAUAUUUUUUAUUAAUGAAAUCUUGUUAAAGAGGUUAAGAAGAAAUAAUUUAAGAAAGAGGAGGAUUCGAAGAGUAGGAAAAGGUGAACAAAACGAAAAUAUAAAUAUUAUUAAUAGUAAUAAUAAUAAUAAUAAUAAUAUUAAUUGUAGUAAUAAUGACCAAAUGUAUUGCCCAUCAAGACAAGGUGAUAUAAAAGAAGAGGAUGGUAAUAAAGAAACAAAAAAAAACAUAAUUAACAAUAAAUGUAAUAAUAAUAAUAAUAAUAAUAAUAAUAAUAAUAAUGAUGAAUCAUGUUUUGUUAGAAAUGUUGAAGAGAACGUAAAAGAAGUAAACAAAAAAAACGUAUUAUUAUCAUCAUCAUCAUCGUUGAACAGAAAUAAAAAUUAUGUUAAGGAAUAUAAAAAAAAAAGAAGCAAUAUUAAAAGAUUACAAGAUAUAGAUAAUAUUUUAAACGAACAAUCAAACAAUAAACAUACCUUUAUAAGAACCAAAUCGUCCCUCUUUUAUGAAGAUAUAAAAACGAAAGAAGGAGGAACAUGUACCGAUGUAAACAGAAAUAAGAAAAACACUUCGAUGAAUUCAUUUUUUAGCGAUUGGAAAAAUAUAGAAGAAAAUAAUACAAACAUAAUUAAUGAUAUUAUUAAUGAAGAGAUAUAUGUUAAUAAAUCGACUACCCUUGAUUCGUUAUAUAACAAAGAAAGUUCGAAUGAUAGAGAAAGGCUAUGUGAUAAGAGAUCGGGAGGUAAAAAAAGAGAUCAUUAUGAAUAUGAGUAUUAUGAUGAUUAUGGUGAUGAUUAUGUUGAUGAUUAUGGUGAUGAUUGUAGUGAUGAUUAUGGUGAUGAUUAUGGUGAUGAUUAUGGUGAUGAUUAUGGUGAUGAUUAUGGUGAUGAUUAUGGUGAUGAUUAUAGUGAUGAUUAUAUUGAUGAUUAUAUUGAUGAUUAUAGUGAUGAUUAUAGUGAUGAUUAUAUUAAUGAUUAUGGUGAUGAUUAUAUUGAUAAUCAUUGUAAUAAUCAUUGUAAACAUCUUGAAGAACUACAUGGUCAACCUAAUAAGGUAUACAAAAAAGGGACAUAUGGUCCUAGCGAGAAACAAAAUGUAUAUACCGAUAAGAAUAACAUUUUUUUGUUAAAUAUUUUACAUCAUCAAAAUAAUGUAUAUUCCGUUAAAUGGAAAGAGAGUUCAUAUGAAGAAUUUUCCAUAUUAGUUUCAAUAUGUUAUGAUGGUUAUAUGUAUAUAUGGAAAGAGCAUAUGAAUUGUAAUAAUAAAUUUACAUUUAUAUCUAUAUGUAGAAUUUAUAUUUUAUAUUUCGAGAAUUUAAUCCAAAAUAUUAAAUGGUACUGGAUUAAGAAAAAUGAAGAAAACGAAGAAAAUUAUAAUUUCCUUUUUAAUAACAAAAAUAUAAAUUUGUCAAAAAAUGAAUAUUUGAUAGUAUAUGGAUCAAAGAAUGAUUUAUUGGAUAAUAAGGAUAAUUAUUAUAAUAAUUUUAUAUGUACGCAAAAAAAUAAGAUGAAAAAUUGUAUAUAUUAUAAUGAAUUUAAGAGUAAUCAUAAUAAUGAUGAUCAUAAUGGCGAUCAUAAUAAUGAUCUUAAUAAUGAUCAUAAUAAUGAUCAUAAUAAUAAUUUAUAUUAUAGUGAUAUAAAAGAUUUUAUGGUUUUUUCGAUAUAUGGAAUUUUCAACAUUUAUGAUAAUAAUAUACAUAUAAAAAAUAUAUUAAACCAUGAAAAUAUACCUUUACAUAUUAAUUUUAAUCAUAUAUUAGAUGCAAAAUUAGAAUACAAUCUAAUGAAUACAUCUCUUAUAUCUGUAUAUACAGAUGAUACAUAUUCGCCUGUUAAUGAAUAUAAUAUUAAAUAUGGUAAAUGGAAAAUUAAAAAAAUAAUAGAUCAUUCAAUAAUAAUAAAUAAUUCUAAAAGCCCGCAACAUUUGAAUUAUAUAAAUACACAAAAUAAUAAUAUCAUUAAUCAUCAAUGUUAUGAUAAAACGUUCUCUCCACUUUCUUAUUAUAUACAAAAUAAUAAACAUCUAAACAAUAAACAAAAUGAUUUUAUAUUAUUUGAAAAACUUUUUAAUACCAUCAAUAAUUUAAUGCCACCAUUCUCAAUAAAAAUUUCAACGUACAAUAAAGAUUUUUAUAAAAUAUUUAUUAAACCUAGUGAUAUAUGGAUUAAAAAAAAAAAAAGUAUAAGCAUUAGAUAUUUUGUUGAUUAUAAAAAUCUACUACUCCAACCUUCUCAAAAAAAAAAUUAUAAACAUCAUAAACAAAACAAUUAUCAUCAUUAUCAUCAUUAUCAUCAUUAUCAUCGUUAUCAUAAUUUUAAUAAUAUUAAAAAAAACAACAAUAUGUUCAAAUACAAACAUAUGCAAUAUGACUUACAAUUUAAUAUAUAUCAUAAUAUUUUAGUUAUACUCAACAAAAUUAAUAAUAAAAUGUACCUCUACGAUGUUGUAGGGUCAUUAAAGAAAAAAAAUAUAAAUAACAACAAUAAGAAGAACAAGAAAAAAAAGAAAAAUUAUUAUUCAUUUAAUCAAGACACAAAUAUACAUACACAACCUUUGGAAAAUUCAAAUACUUAUGAAAAUAAUAUGAAUAAAAAUAAUAUCUAUGAAUAUCAUAUGAAUAGUGACAUCAACUCUAAUCAUGUUAAUGCUAAUCAUCUAUUAAAUAAAAAUGUAACUCAAAAUAUACAAUCAACACAGCUAUCUAGUAAUAUCAACACUAAUUAUGUUCCUCAUAGAAACAAUAAUUUACAAAUGUAUGAACAAAACAAUUUAAAUAAUCAAACGAUAUAUAAUACACAAAGAAAUAAUAAUUUUGUGCUUUCCUCUAACCAAUUGGAUUAUAUAAACGAACAUAAUAAUAAUGAUGCUUGUGGUGACACGAGUUUAUAUAAAACAAAUUCGUGUGGAAAACACAACAUAAAAUGUAAUAAAAGAUUACAAAAGAACACACAAUUCUACUCACUCAUUUGUUGUCUUAAUAGUAUAUAUAUUGAUAAUUAUUAUAUUUUAAAAUAUAAAGGAUACGAUUUCUUAAAUAAUAAAACACAUUUCAUUUAUAGUUAUGUUUAUAAAUUUUCGACCUUUUAUGACAAUGUAAAGAAAAAUAAAAAUUUAUAUGUGUCCACUAGCGAAAUUUUAGAAAAAAAGCAUCUUAUCCCUUUAGUAUAUAAAUGUAAAAUGAUUGAAUCAUUUGAUUCGUUCUUUUUAUUAUUAUGUAUCGAUAAAAAUAAAGAACAUGUUUUUGCCCUAAAAUCAGAAAAAAUGAAUAUUGUUAAUAAUAUCAAAAUGAUAUGUAUAUUUGAUGAUUAUUCAUCAUAUAUACAACCAUUUAAUGUAAAUAAAAAAAAUGAUACAUUAUAUAAUAAAAAUGUAAAUACAAAAAUAAAAUUAGAUAAUAAUAUAUAUAUUAAUAAAGUGAAAUCGGAUAUAUUAUUAAUAGAAGGACAUAAGGAAAUAAAUAUAAUCGAUUAUGUUAUAGAUGAUUUUUAUAUAUAUAAUAAAAAUAUAGAACAUAAUUUAUUACUUAUUAUUAAAUAUGUAUAUACUGUACAUAAAAAUAACAACCUUCAUAAUAAAAAAAAAAAAAAAGAAAUAUAUUUAUUAACCAUAUCAACAAUAGAUAUAUGUAAAGAUUCUUUUAUCUAUCUUAAUUUAAAAUUAAAAAAUAUGUUUACUUUUUUUAAUCCUAUAAAAAAUAACAAAUUCUUGUUUUCAUAUUAUACCUUGUCUUUUCAAAACAUUAUACUUUUUGUAACAAAUCAUAACCUAAUAUUGAAAGAUAAAGGAAAUUAUAAUUUUAACGAGGAAUGUGCCUAUGAUGAUAGUGACGAAGAUGAUGAAUAUGAAGAUGGACAUGGUGAAUAUAAAGAAAGACAUGGUGAAUAUAAAGAAAGACAUGGUGAAUAUAAAGAAAGACAUGGUGAAUAUAAAGAAAGACAUGGUGAAUAUAAAGAAAGUCAUGGUGAAUAUAAAGAAAGACAUGGUGAAUAUAAAGAAAGACAUGGUGAAUAUAAAGAUAGACAUGGUGAAUAUAAAGAUGAUAAAACUCAAAAUUGUACAUCGAAUUAUAUGUCCAUAUAUAACAUUGCAAAUAAUUAUAAUGAUAAUAAAGAUUAUUCAAGAGAAAAAGUUUUUGAAAAAAAUGAUCAUAGUUUUUUUUUUAAGAGACAAAAAAUAUACUCCAAGAAGGACAGUAUGUCAAACGAAGAAUGUGUUGUAUUUAUAAAUAAUAGUGAUGAUGAAAAAUAUGAAGAUACUAAUAAUAUGCACAAUGUAAACAAAAUAAAGACAAAUAACAGCAAAAAUGUUACUAUCAAUAAUAAUAAUAUUAAUAGUAAUAGUAAUAAAUUUAGUAAUUUUAUUAGUAGAGCUUUUAAUACAUCCCAUACCUUUAGUGAUAAACAUAAUUCUAAUUCGAAAGAAUCAAAUAAAAACAAACAAACAAACAGUGGAUGUACCACUCGUAAAAACAAAAAUGCUGUUAAUUUAUACUUUUUGUGUACUAAGAAAGGAUCUGUUGUCCAUUUCAUGCAAAUUCAAAAUAUUUUAAAACUUGUAAAUAUUCUUUUAUAUAAUUCUUAUAUUCUUUUUAUUACCAAUAAAAACAUACAUAUCUUAAAUUUAAAUAAUCUUUAUAAUAACUUAAUUUAUCAAGAAAAAGUAAAUCAUUUCAAACUAAAUAAAAGUUAUUCUAAUGUUAAUGAAUUAACUCAUACAAUUAAUCAAGAAAAUGUUUUGUCCAAAUCGGAAAAACAAUCAAAUUGGCUAGUUACGUUUUCUUUUCCUGACUUGUUAAGGGGAAAAACAACACAAAUUUAUAUGACCAGUGCAGGUAAAAAAAAUGUGCAUUUUAUAGUGAUUAGUUUUAUGCUAAUGGAUCAAGGUGUGUAUGAUAUGUCUGAUAAAAUGAAUAGAAACGAAUUAUAUGGAAAUGAAGAAAUUGUUAGAAAGUAUAAUAAAAAUUAUGGAAAUGAUUUUUGUUAUAAAUCAGUUGUAUUAUAUAACAAUGCAUGUGAUGAUGAAGAGUGGAAUAUUUUAAAAUAUGAGAACAAUAAUAUUUUUAUAUAUUCGAAGAAUUCCCUUUUUUUGUAUGGUAACAAAUUGUUGAUAUUAAAAGAUGUAAGGCGGAGGGAAGAUCAAUGUGUGUGUGUAGGUAAUUAUAAUGAUGACAAUAUGGGAGAAAAGCAAAGUUCAGAAAUAGAUAAUAAAUCAAAACAUUAUCUAGCAUCAAGAAAAGAGAAAAGAAUAGAAGAAUAUUAUUUAAAAAAAACAGAAAAUAUUUCUUUAAAUAACAAAAUAAAAUUUUAUGAAAUAAAUUUAUUGAAGAAGUUUAAAAAGCAUAUAUUAAACUUAUAUAAAUUGGAUGUAUUAAAUGGCGAUGAUUAUAAAGAAGAAGGUAUAUUAAAAGAAAAAGGAAAAAAUAAAGAAACUGUAAUAAAAAGUGUAAAUAAUAUGAAUAAAAUAUAUAGUGUGAAUAACUUUCAUUAUAACAAUACAAAAUUAGUUUUUUAUCAUCCAAUAUUACUUUUAAAUUAUAUUAAGAUGGGUUUAUUUUCACAUGUACAUUUAUCCUUAAAGUUACUUUUGCAUAUAUUAUUAAAUAUAUUUUAUAAAGAAAAAACAACAUAUAAUAUUAAAAAGAAUUGUGCAUUACGUUUUGUUAUGGAAAACAAAAAAUUAGAGAUGACACAUUAUAAUUAUCAAGACAUUUGUUGUAGUGUACAGAAAAGUCAGUUUUUAUACGACCUCAAUUUUAUUCAUGGUGAGAUAUAUAACCUUUAUAAAAAUAAGAAAGAAAGUUUAUAUAGUUCCAACAAUUUACCUAGGGACGAUAAAAAUUAUUUAACAAAGGAAAAAUUAGAACAAAAGGACCAGGAGAAAGAAAAUAAAGAUAAGUCGAUUUAUUUGUUUGAAAAUGAAUCUAUUUCGUUAGAUGAUUUUAAUUUAAAUUCUGAUUCGGAUGAUGAUAAUAAUGAUAAUAAUAAGGAAGAGGCAGAAAAAAAAAAUAACAAAAUGAAUAACAAUAAUAAUAAUAAUAAUAAUAAUAAUAAAAAUAAAGAUUACGAUGAUGAUGAUGAUGAUGAUAAUUCCCUAUUAAGUGACGAUGAAGAUAAACCAUCAGAGUUAUCAAACCCUGAUAAUAAUUAUAAUAAUGACGAAAAAAAAUUAAAAGAAUAUUUAAAAUAUUCCAAUGUAAUAAAUUAUGAAUUAAGUAUAGAAGAAAUCAAAAUGUUACAAAUUUUAUUGUUACAUAUAAAUGUGCCUCGUUUAAAUAAUUUUUUCCAGCUAAUAUUAUAUUGCAUGCUAAAUGCGUUUUAUUAUAAUAUGGAUUAUGUGUGUGAAGAAGCCCAAAAGUACAUAAAUAAAGAAAAUAAGGAAAACUCGGAUGAUGAUAAUUAUAAUAAUGAAAUCUAUAGUGAUAAUGACCAUCACCAUAAUGAUGAUAAUCAAAAUGAUGAUGAAGAAAAAAAAGGAUAUAAGAUAUGUCAUUGUGAGCAUUUCAAUUUUAAUUUACAGAAGGAAAAAAUAACAUAUGAAAAUAUUCAUAUAUAUGAAUAUAUAAACAAUAUUAAUAAUAAUGAUCUUGUGAAUAAUAUUAAUUAUGAGGACAAAAACUUAUUAUGUAUCAACUUGAAUAAGAAUAAUUUGUCUAGCUGUUUAUUAUUUUUUUUCCGUUUUUAUAUAAAUUGUUUAAUGUUAUUAAAUAUUAAUAUAGAUAUAGAUUAUGAAUAUGUGCAUCUAUUUCAUUUUAUAAGUAUAGAAGAUGUAGGAAAAGAAAUUUAUAAGUAUGCAGAAAAUAUAUUGACUCACUAUACUCAUUAUUUUGAUAUUUCUGUUAAUGAAGACGAUUUGUUUAGUAUCAACUUGUUUAAUAAAAAAACUUAUUGUGAUAACAUAAAAAAUGAUCACAUAAAAUAUGAUAACAUAAAAUAUGAUAACAUAAAGAGGGAUGACAUAAAGAAGGAUAACAUAAAAUGGGAUAAUAAAGUAAAAAUAAUACCAUUGAUUAAAAAAAAAAAACAUAAUAUUAAUUCCUUCUGUGCUACAUCCCCUUUAAACAAUAAAAAAGAUAAUACAUAUGACACACUUGAUGAGCUUUCUAAUAAGAAGGAGAAUAAUAAUAACAAUAGUAAUUAUUACGAUUUUGAAGGAUAUAUUAAAAAUAAUAAAAUUAUAGAAUUAAAUAAUAUAUUUUUAGAAAAAAUACACAAAUCAGAUAUAAUUUUGGAAUAUGUUUUAAAGUACAAUUUGUUUAUAUUUUUUAAGAGAUUACAGUUAUUUUAUUUUAUGAAUACGAAAAAAGAUUUAUUGUUUAUUUAUGACAUAUUAUUAAAUAGAACAAUCAAAAAAAUUAAUACGAUAAAUAUUGAAGAUAAAGAAAAGCAAAAUGAAUUAAAUGAAUGUAUGGACUUUCUGGCGUUAUUAUAUAUAGCAAAAAAUGAAAAAUCGAAAUUGAUGUUAUUUUAUAAAAUAAAAAAACAAAAUAAAAUAUAUGAUUUCUUAUCAAAUAAUUUUAAAACAGAAAGAUGGUUGAAAGCACUUAUGAACAAUGCAUAUAAAUUAAUGCAAAUAAAAAGAUAUUAUCUAGCUACAGCAUUUUUUAUAUUAUCAGGAGAUAUAAAAGAUGCAAUAGAUGUAAUACAUCAAUAUUUACAAGAUGCACAAUUAAGUAUUUUUCUUAUAAGGUUAAUUAAUAUUUCGUAUAAUGUCUCUACUCAUGAAAAUAAAAAAAAUGAUAAUAUAAAUGGUGACAAAAUAAAUGGUGACAAAAUAAGUGGUGACAAAAUAAAUGGUGACAAAAUAAGUGGUGACAAAAUAAAUGGUGACAAAAUAAAUGGUGACAAAAUAAAUGGUGACAAAAUAAAUGGUGACAAAAUAAAUGGUGACAAAAUAAAUGGUGACAAUAUAAAUGGUGACCAAAUAAAUGGUGACAAAAUAAAUAGUAACAAUUUUAUGGAGACCUCGAGUACACCUCAAGGUUUUAUAUCAAAUAAUAUAAGCCCCAUAUCAUCCAAUUUAGCUGUCUUUUCAAAUUCACCUAUUAAUAGUAAUUCUGUUCAUGAAAAAAAAAAUGACGACGAACAAAAUGAUACUACACAUAUUCAAAACAAAAAGGAAUGCUUAUCCUCAUCAUUAAUUACACACUCUGUUAGUUACAUAAACAAGGAUAGUGUUGAUGUUUUAAAUAUUCAUAUGAAGAGAGAAGAAACUAAUAUGUUAUCAACAAUUAAUAGAGAUCUUGGAAAUGAUAUGGUCAAGGAUAAAAAAGAAAGUACAUAUGAUGAAAGGGGGGAGACACCUGAGUUAGUACAAACAAACGAAAAUUUUAUAUACAAAUAUUUGAACUAUAUUUUAAAUGAAAAAAUAAAAGAUGAUGUAGAUAAUAACCAUAUGAGUGAUACGAAUCUUUUAAAUAAUAAAGAAAAAUAUAAUUACAUAUAUAAACGUGGUGAUAGUAAUAAAAAUAUGUCUUUUUAUAUUUUAAAACAUAUUAUGUUAGGAGAUCUGGAAAAGGUAUAUUAUACAUGUGAGAAAAAAAAGGUUACCAAUUUUUUUUAUUUAUUAUUAAAGAAUGUAAUAAAAGAGAUACUUAUAAGUAACAAUAUAAUAAAAAUACCAAUCCAAAAUAAUAACAACAAUAACAACCACGAUAAUAAUAAUAUUGGUUAUUUGGUUGGGGGGGGAGGAAAAAAUUUUAUAGAUGAAGAGGUAAAUAUUGUAAAAUGUAACGAAAAAUAUAAAGACGUUCAUAAUAUCAAUAUGAACAAUGUAAAAAUAUAUAAAAGUGAAUUGUAUUUAUAUUCUAUAAAUUUAUUUGAUGCAGGAUUAUAUAAUUUGUCUUUUGUCUUUUAUUUUCUUUUCUUUUAUUAUAUAAAGGCAUAUAAUUUAAAUAAAAUAUAUGAUAGAUAUAAAUAUUUUUUUAUGUUAUAUUCAGAGAUGUAUUUGGAAAAAUAUUUAUUCUCUAUCCCGUUCCUAUUUUCAUCUAUAUUUACUUUUCCUCAUAUUUUGAAAUACUCAAAGAGGGUAGAUGUAAAGGAAGGCAUUGAUCAAAUAAAAAAAAAUAAUAGUAAUAAUAAUAAUAAUAAUAAUAAUAACAUGAUGAUGAUGGUGAUGACCGAUAAAAAUAAAUAUGAUACUUAUAAAUACAAUACUCCUUUUUUUAAGACUUACGACUUAUUAAAUAAGGAUAAUAUAAUAAUUAUAAACAACAAUGAAGAGAGAGGAGAACGUAUUGAUUUUGUAUAUUCCUUAAACGUAUUUUCAAGAAUUAUAAAUGGACUAUUCAUAUUAAUAAGAAAUAAUGAUGAUACUAAUAAUAUGGUCAAUAAAGUAACUUACAAUAAUAAUAAUAAUAAUAAUAAUAAUUAUUAUUAUAAUAGCAUAUAUGAUCAUCUUAUGGAUAUUCUCUUUAUCAAACGGAAUGAAGGACAUGAUGAUAAUUAUAAAAACUACAUUAAUGAAGAAUAUAAAAAUAACAGUGAUUUAUUAGAUAUUCAUGAAUUUAAUAAAUAUAAUAAAAACCAAGAGAUAAUAAUAAAUUGGAAGAAGGAGAUAAAUUGUAUUUUUAAUCUGUUGAAUAAAUUAACAUAUUUAAAAAUAAGAGAUAUAUCAGAAAAUAAAAUUAAUUUAAAUUAUUUCCUGAUAAAUCUUUUAAGCAAAAUAUGGGGAAUCAGUAGACAUAAGAAAAAGAUGUUCCUUAGUAAAAAAAAUAAAAACAUGAACACAAAGAAAAGAAAUAUAAACGAAAAUAAUAUUAUACAUCAUGAAGAAGAUAUAAAUGUAAUAAGAAAUGUAAAUAAUAAAGAUAAUGUUUGUAUAAGAACAAAUAAAAUAAAUAAUAAAUUUCAUCAUCAAAAUGGUAUUUAUGAUGAUAAUAAUAAUAAUAAUAAUAUUAUGAUUAGUUUCCAACCAUUAUUUGAUGUAAUAUUAUGUGAUAAUAAUAAUAAUAAUAAUAAAAAGAAGAAAAAAAAAAUUAAGAUAUAUUAUUAUUAUACAGCAUUAAAUAAAUAUAAAAUAAUAUUAACACAUUUAUUUUUUUAUUUCUUUCAUUUAUACAUGAAAAAUUAUAAUGAAGAAUAUAUAAUGUUUCUUUUAAUAAAUUAUAUUAUCUCUAUACAAUUUUUAUAUAUAACGGAUGUGGUAAAUAUAUUAUUAAAUUUUUUUCAACAAAAAAAAAAAAAAAAAAAAUCAUUAGUUGCAUUACAUAUUGCUUUCUUACAAAUCAUAUUAUUUCGUUUAACUAUGAGCAACUUUUUUGUUUAUUACAAUGAAAAAAGAAAAAAGGAAACUUGUAUGGAUAUGAUACAAUAUUUCGAUAAAAAAAAAAUAAUAAAUAAUUCUAACACAUACAAAAAUAAUAAUAUUAAUACUAUUAAUAAUGAUAAUAAUUAUUAUUAUGUGGGAAAUAUUAAUGAUGAACAAGGUAAGCUAUCCAUUGUAAAACCAUCUAUUUAUUUAGAAAAAGAUAUAAAUAUAUAUAACAUAAAAGAAGUUGUAAACAGAAAAUAUUUUACAUAUUAUAUACAUCUCAUAGAUUUAUUCUUAUGCUAUAUAAGUAUACUUAUUUUAUGCUUUACCAUUUUAAAAAAAUAUUAUAAUUUCUUUGAUUAUAAUGGGGUAUAUAUAGACAAAAGUAAUAGUAUGAAAAAAAAAAUCAAGGGGAACAGAAAAAAAAAAAAAAACUUAAAAAAACUGUACUAUGUAUUAUAUGUAUUUCUUAAAAAAAUUAAAAAAAUUAAUUGGAAUAUUGAAAGUGUGUAUAAGAGAAAUGUAAGUGUAACAAGUGCUUUUUCGAAAUUUAUUGAAAGUUAUUAUGUUAUAAAAGUUGGAAAAAAGGAAAGAAAACAAAAAAAAAAAAUAAUAAAAAAAAAAAAUUAUAAAAAAAGAAAUAAUAAUGAUGAUAAUAACAACAACAAUAAUAAUAAUAAUAACAAUAAUAAUAAUAACAACAAUAAUAAUAAUAAUAACAAUAAUAAUAAUAACAACAAUAAUAAUAAUAGUAGUACAUGUAAUAAUGAUAGUCAUUUUUAUAUGAGUAACAAUCCGUGUGAUGGUAAGAACACAAAUUUUGAUGAAGAUAAAAAACAAAUUAAGUUAAAACAUAAAACGUCCAUAUCCACAAAAAAGAAACUCAUUAAAAAUAGCAUAAAUAACAUAUGUGCUCAGAUAAGUAUAAAAUCUUGUGAAUAUCUUCAAAAAAAAAAACGGCCUUCAGAUUACAUGUUUGAAAAGUUUUGUAUUAUAAAUAUAUUUUUAUCAGUGUUUGAAUUUCUUAUAGGAAAUUUUCAUAUAUUUGCUUAUAAAUCUAAUGUAUUUAUUCCUAAUACCAUGAACAUAAAAAAAGGAGACCUUCGAAAAGAAAAGGUUCACAAUAAAUCUAGUGUUCAAAAUAAUAAUAAAUAUAAAACUAAUAUUGUAUUAGAUGAUGUACAUACAAAUAUGUUAAUAGAUGAUAUACAUACAAAUAUAUUAAAAGAUAAAUUACAAAUUAAUCAUAUUAAUAAUCAGAAUACCCAUUUUUUUUACUAUCAUAUAUAUACGUUAUUACUUUGUAUAGAUAAUUUAUCUAUACAUAUGAAUAAUUUUAUUUAUUGUAAGAUGAAGAUGUUAUUAUAUAACUCAGCAUAUAAUAUUAAGAAUACGUUACUUACAUUUUUAUCUUUCCCAUUUUUUUUUAGUAAAUUAAAAGUUAAACCAAAUUAUAUUAAAUGCGAACAUUUUAUAGAUUCUCACAUUUCUUCAUUCUUUCAUAAACAUUUAUAUUUAAUAUGGAAAUUACAAAAUUGUACCUAUCGCUCAUUCUUGUUAUUUUUUAAUGAAGAGUUUUAUAACUUCAAUGAUUAUAUAAAUGAUAAAUUGUUGAGCUACAGAAAUUUAAUUAACAAAAUAAAUAUUAAUCAAAGGAACGAUAAUUUUUGUAAACAUAGUCAUGAAGAUGAGCAUAACAUCUAUGAUAAAAAGAAAAACGGAAAUAAUAAUCAUAAUAAUAAUGAUCAUAAUGAUCAUAAUGAUCAUAAUGAUCAUAAUAAGAAAAAGUAUGAUAAUAAUUAUGAUAAUAAAAAUAUUAUUGACCCUAGUUAUAAUUACAAUAAUAAUAAUGAGAAUCACUCACUACAAUCUAAUAAAAUAUCAGACAAUAUGAAAGACCCAGGAAAUACAUACGAUAACAAAAAUAGAAAAUACAAGGAUGAUAGAAACCAUGUGAAAGAAAAAGAUAAAAGAAAAAAAAAAAAAGAAAAAGAAAAAAACAUAAUAAAAGAAGAAUCUCCACUUUUUAAUAACACGGUCAUGAACAAUAAUUCUGGGAACAAUAAUUAUAAUAAUAUUCAUCAUUGUGAUAAUACAAGUGAUGCUUAUAUUAAUUCUUAUAAAAAUGAAUACAAAAAAUUUUAUGAUUUAUAUAACAGAGGAUUUAAAUUAACGGAAAAAGAUUAUAUACUAAUACCUAAUGUAUGUAUAGAAAAAACAAAUAUAGCUUGUAAUCAUUCAAACUUCCUUUUUAAAAAAUCAAAAAGUUAUGAAAAAUUUGCUUCCUUUACUUCAAAAAUUAACUUUUUAAAAAAAUUUAAAAAAAAUUAUGUAAAGGCAAAUUUUAUCAAAUGUAAAGAGAAAAAAAAAAAAAAAAAAAAAAAAAAAAAUGUUCCUCAGAAUAAUUACAAGAAUCAUCAGGAACAAAAUUAUAAUUCCUAUUAUUCUAUAGAUUACGAUAACUUAUUUAAAAUGUCUAGUUAUACAUCAAGUGUUUUAUCGAACCCAAAUUCAGAUGAUGAAUACAUAGAGAAUGAUGACCAUUAUCAUGAUCAUAAUGUUAAGGUUGAGCGAACGGAUAUAUAUAAUUAUGAUGGUUAUUAUAAUAAUAUAUAUAAAGGAAAUAAUAAUAAUAAUAAUAAUGAUGAUGAUCAUAAUAAUGAUAAUUAUAAUGAUAAUUAUAAUGAUAAUAUUUUUCACUGCUAUGAAAAAAAAAAAAAAAAUAAUAGACACACAUCCAUAUUUCGUCAAAAUAAUAAAAAGUUACCACAUGUUAUUCCAUUAUCUCUACUUUUCUACAAUUUUAAUGAAAAAUAUUUUAUGGAAAAAAAUAAAGUCGAUCAAUCUAAUAGUACUAUUUUAUAUAUACAUAAAAAAAACAAAAUAAAAAAAAUAUGUAUCCUGGAUCAUUUGAAGAAGCUAAAUAAAAAAUGUAAAUUUAUUAAUUAUAUAUCGUACAAUGAUAUAGAAUAUGAUAAUAAGUACAUAAGUAAGAAAAAAAAAAAAAAAAUUAUAUUAAAUGAAGGAUAUAAUAAUGAAAUAAAUAAAAAAUCCAAAAACCAUUCUUCCAUGAUAAAUACAAGUAAUAAAACAAUUGUAAGUAGCGAUAUACAUAAUACAUCUAACAUUUUACCACAAUUUAUUUUCCAAAAUAGAGAAUCACAAGCAGAUGCACAUAUAGAACCCAAAAAUGAAAACAUUCAAAAUGGAAAACCACACAUUCUUCAAUUACAAAAAAGGUCUUUAGGUUCAGAUAGUAUAUAUGAUGAAAAUGGAAAUAUAAAUGAACAAAAUUUUAAUGUAAGUAAUACCAUAGAAGAAGAAGGAGAAGGAGAAGGAGAAGAAGAAGAAGAAGGAGAAGGAAAUAAUCAAAAUAGGAAUGAUCAUAAUAAUGAUGCUAGAUUAAAUCAUGAACAAAAUGAUUUAGUAAAAGAGGAGAAAGAAAAUAUGAACAAAAUAAUGAUACAUAAUAAUAACAAAAAUAAUCAUAACAAAAAAAAUCAAAAAGUUUUUCUAGAUAUUAAUAUGAAUAAAUUAUUAUAUAUAUAUAAAUGCAUGCACAUACAAUGUAUGCAUAACCUAACACCUUUAUGUUCCUUCCUAAAUACAUUUGUACCUAAUGAUUAUAGUAUAACCAAUUUUUUUCAUAAUACAUAUAACAAUUAUUUUGUGAAUAAUAUAUUUUUCCAUAAUUUUUUUUACACAUAUGAUAAUAGUUUAACAUUAUUAUUGAAUUCUAAUAAUAUGAAUUCGUUACAUUAUCAUAAUGAUAUAAUAUCCCAUGUGGAUUAUGGAAACGAGCACGACGUUUAUAAGAAUAAUAGUUAUGCACCAGGUGGGUUCAAAAGCGCAGGCGCAGAUGAAAAUUUAAGAAAAAAGUCGUCUAAGGGAAGAAAUAAAAAUAAAAUAAAUAAUCAUAUGGAUGAUAAUUACAAUAAUGGGGCCAAUAUUUACAAUAAUGGGGACAAUAUUUACAAUAAUGGGGACAAUAUUUACAAUAAUGGGGACAAUAUUUACAAUAAUUUUGAUUUGUCUAGUGGAUAUGAAAAAAAAGAACAUUUUAAUAAUUUACAUACUGAUAAAGAAAAAUACGAGAUAGAAAAAAGCAAAAAUAUAAAAAGUGUAGGAAUAAAUAAUAAAUAUAAUAAUAACAUGAAUGCAUAUGAUGAAAUAAAAAACAAUUUGAUUAUCUCCAAGACAGCUGAAAAAUAUAUGGAAAUGUUACUAUUAUUAUUAUAUAAUAACAUGCGUUUAUAUGAUAAAGAUAAAAUAAAUGAUACAAAUAAUACGAAGAAGAAUGAAUUUAGAUAUUUUUUUGAAUAUAUAGAUAAAAAUAUAAAUAGUUGUAUAAGAAAAAAAUAUAAUUUUAUAAAUCAGUUAUCAGAUGAACAACGAAAUAUAUCUUUUUUUAAAACAGGUGGAAUAAUAUCUCAUCCAUUUUUACCCUUCUUUGCAUUAAUACAUAUAAAUAAUAACGAAAAAAAUAUGAAUGAACAAAUUAUAGAUAAAGAAAAAUUUCAAAUUAAAUUUUGUAGAUUCACAGAUAAUUAUGAUGAUAUAUCUUAUAAAUAUGGAAGUAUUACAAGUAUGACAUGGAAUGAUUCUGGUAAUUUAUUAAUGGUUUCUGAUGACGAAGGGUAUUUAUAUAUAUAUAAUAUUUUCUUAGGAAAUUUUAUAUGGACCAAAACCAAAGAACGAGCUUUAUACAAAAAGAACCUGACCAGUUCAUCAAAAAAUGCAUCGAAAGAAACAAAAAAUAAGGAUAUACCGAAUGUUACCAAUGAUAAUACUUGUAGUGUUAAAUGUGUAAGUGAUUAUCGUCAAGAAGAAAAAGAACGUGGACAACAUUAUAAAGGUAGGAAGGAUGAUCAAGAGACUUAUGAGGAGGAAUAUGAUGAAGAAAGUGAACAGGAUGAUUAUUACGAUGAUGAUUAUUAUGAUGACGAUUAUUACGAUGAUGAUUAUUAUGAUGAUGAUUAUUAUGAUGACAAUUCCUAUAAUGACAAUUCCUAUGAUGACAAUUCCUAUGAUGACAAUUCCUAUGAUGAUGAAAAAAAAAUGAAUAAAAAAUCACUUCCUUACAACAAAACACAAAAGAGAUACCAAAGAAAGGACAAGAAUAACAAACUUCGAAAUUUUUUUAAAGAGAACAUAUUAAAAAAGAAAAAAAAGUAUAUGAUGGAAAAAGAGACGAAAGAUAUGAUAUAUAUGAAAAAUAUGAGAAAGUUACAUAUUAUGAGAAUAAAAAGAAGAAGAAAAAAAUUAAAUAAAAAAAAAGGAUAUAUUAUAAAAGAAGCUAUGUGUGUAAUAAAAUUACAUGAUCAAAUUAUUGAUAUUAAAUAUUUAAAUGAUAAUAACUUUUAUAUAAUAUCUAUUGGAAAAGGUGUUAAUAAAAAGUGUUUAAACAAUAACACUGUCUUUAUAAAUUCGUAUUUUAUGAAAAGUCAAGAAAAUCAUAUGAACAAGGAAAAAACCGAAACACCAAGAAACUGUAAUAUAUAUAAGGAAAAUAUGAUGAAUAUGAAAUCUUUUAUGGAUGAUAAUAAAUAUUCAAACAAUAUGAUGAGUAGUCCUUAUAUACAAUAUGUUAAUAAUUUAACAAUAUCAAAUAAUAAUAAUAAUAAUAAUGAUAGUAAUAAUAAUACAGUAUAUGAUAAAAAAAAACAAAAAGAUGAUCAAGAAGAAAAUGAACUUCAAAAAAUUAAUGAUACAAAUACAAAUAUAUAUGAAGUACAAGAUAAAACACAAAAUACUCAUCAUAUUAUUCCUACCAAUUUAAAUAAUAAUAAUAAUAAUAAUAAGGAGAAUAUAACAAUUCAAAAUGAUGAGAAGAUACAUCAAGUUAAAACAUCACAUGUACAUAAUAAUAGCACAAAUGUUAUUCAAGGAAUAAAUGAAAAAAAUGCUAUAUUAGACAAUUUUAAUAUAACAAAAAAAAAAAACAAAAUGUACACAACCAAAAAUAAUGAUACUAGUAAUAAUAAUAAUAAUAAUAAUUACUAUAACAAUAAUAACCAUGUUGAUACCUUUUUAAAUCAACAUGUUUUAAAAUCGAAAAAAUCCUACUUUAAAUCACGGUUUUUUUAUUUUGAUUCAUCCAAUAUUAUACCCAUGAAAUUUUUUAAAAAAAAUAAAAAAUUACAAGAACAAAAUGAUAUACUUGACAAUAUAUGUAUUUGUAUUUGGGAUAUGUGUUCUAUACUAACCAAUGAAGAAAAACAAUAUUUAAAAAAUAAAAAUGUAGAAAUGAAUACAAAUGAAAAUGUGAAUAAUAAAACCGAAUCAAAAAAAAUGAAGAAAAAAAAAUCGGUUAUAUUACAUCCAUCAUUAGUUUGUGUUAUUAGUAAUUUAUCAAAAUAUUAUAUUAAUAAUGAAAAUAUAAAAAAUAUGAAUUCUUAUAAUAAUAAUAAUAAUAAUAAUAUAAAUCUUUAUAAUAAUAAUAAUAAUAAUAAUAAUAAUAAUUGUAUUACUAGUUUUUCUGUAUGGACCUCAACCUUUACAAAUUACAUGUACAAAUCAGUGUGUCCUUUUGAAAAACAAAAUAGUAUGCCAUUAAAUGAAGUAGGAAAAAAUUCUACUGAAUUAUCUGAACCUCCUAAAAAAAAAAGUAUAUUCUGGAGUUUGUUUAAAAAUAAAAUACAUUCUGAUCAUUUUUCACAAGAUGCAUAUAUUUUUUAUGGUGAUCAACUAGGAUAUAUUCACUUAAUUCAUCUUCAACUACAUAGAGAGAUUUACUGCUUUAAGCCUUUUGAUUUUCCAAUUUUUAAAAUAUUUAUAACUACCAAUAUGUGUACGAAGUUAUUGAUAUUGGCAGAGGACAGGCUGAAAAUUUACGAAAUCCUCCCGGGGCUUCAAGUGGUUUUCAUCAAAGAAAUCGAAAUAAAACAUGAUGUAAGCCCCAAGAAAUGCAUAUGUGAAGAAAAAAUUCAUGAACUAAAAGAAAGAAGGAAAAAAGAAGAACAUGAAAAUGAAGGAAUUUCUAUUUUUAACCUCUCUUAUUUUUUAUCAUCAAAUUAUCAUAAAAAACAAAGUAAUACAAGAAGUGAUGAAAAAAUGAAUUCAUCAUAUAAUUAUUCAUAUAAUCGUAUGCCAUCUGAUAAUAACAAAAGUAAUAAUUUAUUAAAUGGAUCAGCACAAAAUGUUAAUACAAACGAUUCGAAAAAAACAGUACAAUUAUAUUCUUUCCAAAAAAAUGAUAAGAAAAAAGAAAAAAACACAAACUCUUCUUUUAAUUCAAUAUCUCAUUUAAAAAGUCCAAGUGAAAAUAGUGAAGAAAUGGAUAUUCAUAGUGAUAAAGAAGGAUAUCAAAGUGUUAUUAUAGGAGGAAUCAAUUUUGGAUAUUUAGGAUUUAACUUUUCCAAGUUUAUGAAUAAUAAAAAAAAAAUAACAAUAAUUGAUGCAUAUUUGUUAUCUACAACACAUUUAGUAACCAUAUCGAAUAAUGGAACCAUUGCCCUCAUAAAAAUAUGA